AUGAAAGACUAUUUGAUAUACUUUGCCCAGGCGUAUCCAGAGUUUCGAAAGGCAGAGUUGGAAUCGCUUGCAAGUCUCCAUGGUAUACCACUAGAUCUUCUGCACCAUGACUCUUCAAGCCCAUUCCUCAUAGUUCAGUUGGAGUCUGAUGAGCACGCAAGAAAGAUCAUACAAAGAGCCAUUCUUAGUAAAGGAAUUUAUGAGUUGUGGGGCUCGGGUAACAACUUGGACGAGUUGCGCAAGAAUGUGCGAGACAUAUCAUUCGACAAGUUUGAUACGUAUAAGCAGGGAACUUUUAAGUUCCAAUUCGAAGGAUAUAUGGGAAAGAGAGAAGGCCCUGAGCGGUUUGAAAUCAUUGAAUCAUUUGCAUUUAUGGCGUUUGAGGGAAAGGUCAGAAUGAAAAACCCGGACCAGAUAUACACGCUUCUUGAAGAAUAUGAGGUCCAGGGCAUGGAGAGGGCUACUACUCCCAAACGAUUGUGGUUGGGUAGACAGAUCCAACUAAGUGCUAGAACAAACAAUAUCUUGGAAAAAUACGAUUUACGAAGAAGAAAAUACAUUGGGACAACGUCAUUCGAUGCCGAGUUGGCGUUAGUGUCAUGUAACAUAGCUGAAGUGGAUACAAAUAAGAUGGUAUACGAUCCAUUCACUGGUACCGGCUCAUUUUUGGUGGCAGCAGCUAACUUUGGUGGAAUCACUAUUGGCUCGGACAUAGACGUUCGCAUAUUGCGAGGUAAGGGAGACAAGUGCAAUUUGAAGCUGAACUUCAAGCAGUACGGAACCUCCACCAACUUCAUUGAUACUCUAACAAUGGAUUUUACAAACAACGCUCUCCGGACUGAUUUCCCAAUCGACACCAUUGUCUGUGAUCCUCCUUACGGGGUGAGAGAAGGUUUGAAGGUUUGCGGGGCUAAGAAUGAGGAAAAGGCUGCUGGAAGAGAAAAUGUUGUUAUUGACGGUGAGAAGGCCCAUCUAAGAAGAGACUUCAUACCUCCCAAAAAACCAUAUGAGUUGUCCAAUUUGUUGGACGACCUUCUUCGGUUCUCUGCCAACAGAUUACCUGUGGGUGGAAGACUAGCAUUCUGGAUGCCGACCGCCAAUGAUGAGUUUGAAAUCAACCAAAUUCCUCAGCAUGAGAACCUCGAGUUGUUGUAUAACUUGGAACAGGAGUUCCACAAAUGGUCCCGGAGAUUGUUGGUGUACGUCAAACGAGGCAACGACUACAUGGGGAUCACCAGAAAUGGGCUCAAGGAGAAUCACAUCAAAAACUUCAGAGAAAGAUAUUUCAUGGGGUUCAGUGAAAACAGUAAGCAGUAA